GCGUCUUCAACUUCUCGCGGGAGCAGGAGAGGAAAGCGGGCAUCAUCUCACCGAUAUCUACGUUCCGAGCGGCGUUGCGAGGUUGCGAGAUCAGCGCAUUCUCCCCAACAGCAGCCAAGAAGACCCUCUCUCUCGUCAACCUUUUGUAAGCAUGACUCCCCCUGCGGCGAAGAGGAGGCGUUCGGUGGAGCACCACGAGUCCGUCAGGAACAUCACGGUGGUGAAGGGAGGCCUGAGCAUCAUGUGUCCGUCGGACGCGAUGGGCAUGCUCAUCGGCAAGGGAGGCUCUGGCCUGCGUGAGAUGCAGGAAAAGACCGGCGUGAAGGUGUCUCUCCAGGAGACCAAGUCGAUCCCCGAGGGCGCCAAGGAGCGCGGGGUCGGUCUUUCGGGAUCCCUGGACUGCGUGGCCAACGUCGAGAAGCUCAUCUUCGAGAAGCUCAACGCUCGCAGAGUCACGAGCCUCGCACCCUCUCCCGCUGAGGAGGAGUUCGAGAUGGCCUACGAGGCGGCUAAGGCCGCGGGCAUGGAGCCGAACGGGAUCGCCGACGUGGGCGACAUGAACGACCCCAACAAGAUAACGGUCGUGCGCUGGAUCAUGGACAACGCACACUGCGGGUGGCUCAUUGGGAAGGGCGGCAGCGGCAUCCAGAAUAUCGAGGCCACCUCGGGAGCGCAGGUGCGUGUUGCGACGGAGCGGAGCCUGGGCAAGGACUCCGCCGAGCGCAUCGUGUACGUGAAAGGCAACAAGGCUCAGCGAGAAGCCGCGCUCGAGCUCAUCCGGACCAACCCGAAGAUCACCGGGCGUGUCGCCUCCCCCACGGAGCCGGAGGUUGCGGCCGUGCACGUGCCCUCGAAGGCCGUCGGGUUCAUCCUGGGGCACCGCGGUGCGUCCAUCCAGGCCCUGACGGAGAAGACGGGGGCCCAGCUUCGCGUCGCCUCCGGGAGCGAGGUCACCACCGGCGGCGGCGAGCACAGGGUGGACAUCACGGGAGGCCCCAAGCAGAUCGUUGCUGCCCGCCACGCCCUCCAAGAUCGCGUGGCGGAGUGGAGGACGAGCAACAACCCGAACGGCGAGCCCGAGGAGCCGGAGUACACGCUUAAGGUCGCCGUGCCCCAGCCCCUGGUUGGCCACAUCAUUGGCAAGGGAGGAACAUUCGUGAGGGAGGUCUUGUCCGUCACCAACGUGAAGAUCCAGCAGGACACGGGGUCUCCGACACUGUGGGGCGACGCGUGCUGCGUGAUGCUGUCGGGCACCUUUGGCAACGUCGUAAGGGCCCAGCGGAUGAUCUUGGAAAGGAUUGCCAACACCAGCGACCGUCUGAAAGAGAUGGUGCCCAACGCCGUGAACAUCCUCGAAAACCAUGACCCUUCGGAUGAGAUGAAGAGGGUGGAGGUGAACAUUCAGCUCCCCGACGGACCCCCGCCGGUGCAGACCCCCGUCGGCUUCCAGCAACCCCCGCCAUUCGGCCAGCAGCCUCCCCCGUACGGGUUUGGCGCCCCCCCCCAUUUCGGAGGCCAGCCCCCCCGCCAGGGCCCCAACAUGGGCCAGCCGCCUUUCCAGCAGCAGCAGCAGGCGCCCUUCCAGCAACAGCAAUUUCAGAGCGGAGGACCUCCCCCGCAGCAGCGUGGCCCUCCUCGCGGCAGGGCUGACUUGCCUCCGGUGGAGAACAUCACGUUCACUUCCAUCCGCCAGCUGAGCGCGCCAGGCCUCACGAGCGCGUCGAAGCAGCCGGGAGGCAUGCUGAUGUUGGUUGACAACUCCGUGGUGGGGUCGAUCAUCGGCAAGGGAGGUCAGACCAUCCGCAAGAUCUCCCUGGAGAGCGGGUCCUCCAUCCAGGUUCAGGGCCGUGAUGAGCAGUCCCCCAGCCAACUCGAGCGCCGGGUUACCAUCACCUCGGACGAGAUGCCGGUCCUCAUGAAGGCCGCCAACAUGAUCUGCGCAGUCCUGAGGAACGGCGAACGGCUCGCCGCCGCCGCCCGCGAGGCAGGCGGAGGCGGCCGUGGCGACCGCGGCCCGCCUGGCAGCAACGGCAGCGGUGGCGGUGGCGGAGGCGACCGCAACCGCGGGGGCCCCGCGCCAUACAACCCCGCGGGUCUCCCUCAGUCUGCACAGCCGCAGCCUACCGCGGCCCCCGUGAACUACCAGUACCAGCAGGCACCGCCGCAACAGCAGAACGUCCAGUACGCCCCAGCGCCGGCCAUGCAAUCCACCUACCCCGCUCAACAGCAGGGGUUCGUUGCCCUCCAGGCGGCACCAGGGGCUCCUAUCCAGCAGGCAUACCAGCAGUACCCGGGUCAGCAGGUGCAACCCCAGACCCCGGGACAACAGCAACAGCUCGCCCCGCAAGGCGUUCCGCAGCAGCAGCAGCAGGCGCCCCCCGCCCAGGGCGCCGUGGGUCAGUACGCCCCGCAGCAGCAGCAGCAGCAGCAGCCGCCGCAGGCUCAGCAGGCGCCACAGGCUCAGCAGCAGCAACCGGCUGCUGUGUUUUACCAGCAGCCUGCGGGUGGCACCCCUUCUCAAGGCGGCCCGCAGGCAAUCCAGUAUGCGCAGGUCCAGCAGCCGCAGCAACAGCAGCAGCUUGGGCAACCGCAGCAGCCGCAGCAACAACAAGGCCUUAUGCAGCAGCAGCAACAGCCGCAGCAGCAGCCGCAGCAGCCGCAGCAGCAGCCGCAGCAGCAGCCGCAGCCGCAACAGCAGCAGCAGCAGCAGCUGCCGGUGCAGCAGCUUCCGCUGCAAACCCAGCAGGGGCAGCAGCAGGGGCAGCAGCCAGUAGCAUCAACGUCUGCUGCGGUGGCAACACCCGCGCCGGUGUACGGAUGGGUUUACGACCCGGCCACGGGAACUUACACUGCCGCCCCGACGGCUGCUGCCCCAGCCCCUCAAGCGUCGUCUUUCAAUGCCCAACCCCAGUACACCCAGCAGCAGCAGCAGCAGCAGCAGCAGCCGCAGCGUUGA